GUGAGUCUGUGGUGUUGAUGUGGUUGGUGUGUAGGUGUGGGGACGAUUGACCGAUGAUAUAUACACACAUUGUAUAUACAUACAGCUGGUGCAAGUCUUGUGUUUGUAGUCUUUAUUGCAGCAGCUCUCACAAUCCUCCUUCAUCCCCCAAUGGAGCAGACUGUGUUGCUGCGGCAAUAUUUCUGUGUGUUGAUGUGUUACUGAUGUACUACCAGCAACAGCACAGCACAUCCACCAAUCACAGUCACAUCCGUCACACUGUGUGUCGUCACCAGGUGUUCCAGAGACGUCGUGACGGCUCCGUUGACUUCUACAGGAGCUGGACUCAAUACGAGGCUGGCUUUGGUGACGUCACUGGCGAGUUCUGGCUGGCUGACGACACCCUUUGGGAUCUUAGCGGCGCGAGUUUUUCAACCUAUGACCGAGACAACGACAAUUACCCUGUCAACUGUGCCGCUUUGUAUCACGGCGCCUGGUGGUACAACGAGUGUAGCAACUCUAACCUCAACGGCCGAUACAUUGCUGACGGGGCCGAUGUUACUGACGGCAUCAACUGGUAUUACGCCUACUAUGACAGGAGCUUCACCUUCAGCGAGAUGAAAGUGAAACCACUGUAACACCACCUUG